AUGAUUCACAUAGAUCAUGUAUUGCUGGCCAUUACCCACGACCCUGAUCUAUACAUAUACUACGACGAUACAGGGUUUUGGUACUGGGCCUGGAUUUUCAUUAUCAUACCAUUGAUAGCGUGCAUUGGAAUCGGAAUGUGUGUCAGACGGCGGCGAAUACUAUCCCAUAGAUCACCACAAAUCCUAAUCGCGAACCCACAGUACGCCAGUCCCGGCCAAUUUCAACCACCCUAUGAUCCGCCGCCUAAAUAUUUUCAAACCACUAAUGGUGUUCAACAACAGGCCAAGUGGUGA